AUGUGUUCAUACGAUUUUUCGGGUGGUGUGGACAUGGAGCACAGUAAACAGGCUGCUUAUGUUGCUGCCACUGUGGCUCACGAAAUGGGGCAUAACUUCGGCAUGGAACACGAUAUCAGUGAAUCGGAAUGUCGGUGCCCAGCUUCGGAGUGCAUUAUGUCACCAGCCACUGGAAUAACUCCGCCGACUUUCUGGUCAGAAUGUAGCAUGCGCGCAUUGCAACACAGUCUUUCACGUGGUAUGGAUUACUGCUUGCGUAAUCCGCCGGAUAAAGCGUUUGGUGGUGCUCGCUGUGGCAACGGAAUCAGUGCCUGCAUCAACAAAUGCUGCAAUCCGGCAACAUGUCAGUUGGCCGAAGGCGCUGUCUGUGCGAGUGGGGAAUGUUGUGAUCUGAAAACAUGUCAAAUGUUAGCAGCCACCACUGUUUGUCGACAUGCAACUAACGAGUGUGAUCUGCCGGAAUACUGUGAUGGACAAAUGGAGCACUGCCCUGCUGAUUUUUAUGUACAGGAUGGCCAUAGUUGUCCGGAUCAUCCUGAUGAUUACUGUUACAAUGGCUUUUGCGGAAGUCGCGAUGCACAAUGCCAGUAUAUCUGGGGGCCAACUGGUAGUAAUGCAGCUCCAGCAUGUUAUGAUUUAAAUCUUUACGGUAGCAGUGGCGGUAAUUGUGGCUUCGAUUACUGUUACAAUGGCUUUUGCGGAAGUCGCGAUGCACAGUGCCAGUAUAUCUGGGGGCCAACUGGUAGUAAUGCAGCUCCAGCAUGUUAUGAUUUAAAUCUCUACGGUAGCAGUGGCGGUAAUUGUGGCUUCGUGCAUGAGUCGAGUCGUUUUCUUCCUUGCGACAGAAAAGAUGUCAAGUGUGGGAGAUUGCACUGCAUUCAUGAGAACGAGAAAUUAGCGUUUGGUGACCCGUCAACGGUCUACACAGCAUACACUGGGCUACAGCUGAGGAGUGGUGAGGAAGUGGCAUGUCGAGUGGUGUGGACAAAGUAUAUUGGCCGAAAGAACGAGCGAGAUCCAGGGAUGGUUCCGGACGGGGCGUACUGUGGCAAGGAUGAGAUGUGUGUUGACGCGAAAUGUCAAAAUCGCACUGCCAAAGUGCUAAUGGCACCGAAAUGUGAUCCGCCAUCGUGUAACAAUGCAGGUAUUUGUAACAAUAUGGGUAAUUGCCACUGCGAGCCCGGAUAUGGUGGCCCAUCCUGUGCCAUUCCUGGCCCUGGUGGUUCGGUGAACAGCGGCCCAGCCGUUGAAGGUGGCGUCAUACAUGUUGGCUUCGUCGUGUUUUGGCUUCUUUUGGUACUGACCAUUGCAUUUAUUGGCGCUUCGAUUAUCGUCAAACGAAAAAAGGACUUCUGGCUUCAUAAGCAGAUUUGGAAAAAACUGAAGAAAGCAUUGAAAAUUGAGAAAUUACUUGUACCAAUCCGCAAAGCACCUCCCCCACCAGGACCGCCGCCGAUUCGAACCGCCGAACUCAACGCAAUCUGGGGUGACACUCCCUCUGAUGCUUCACGUACAACUCGUCACCAACAAUCUGUUCCACCAAGUUUCAGCCCGCCAGUUGUCCCGUGCUCUAAUUUUGCUCCUUUCCCAUCGAAGCCGUCAAUCGUCCACAGUAAUUCGAUGAGGCCAACAGCUCCUCCUCCUCAGGUACCGCAGCGUCCGCGGAGUGAUGUGCUGCAAGCACUGUAUGCUGAAAAAGGCGACGAAUUAGGCAUUAAUUCAGUAAAGCAAGAAUCACCGAUGUAUUGUGUGCCACCUGAGAGUGCUGCGGCUGUAAAAAUAGGUCGGGCAGAAAGUUUCAGACCUGUACAAGCGCCACCGCCACCACCCCACAGCUCCGAGGUACUUUUAAAAUUACCAUUGAAGUUUGAGUUUCUGAUUUAA